AUGUCAGCCAUCAGAAGGAAAUUCGGUGAGGAAUACCAGGUAGUGAACACAACCCGAGCUGCGUCUUUCCCAGCGCCGGCCAGGCGCAAGCGGCAGCGCUUCGUGGAGAAGAACGGGCGCUGUAACGUGCAGCACGGCAACCUGGGCGGCGAGACGAGCCGCUACCUCUCGGACCUGUUCACCACGCUGGUGGACCUGAAGUGGCGCUGGAACCUGCUCAUCUUCCUGCUCACCUAUACGGUCGCGUGGCUCGUCAUGGCAUCCAUGUGGUGGUUGAUCGCAUACGCACGUGGAGACCUCGGACGCGGCCACGACCCCGAGUACACACCGUGCGUGGCCAACGUGUACAACUUCCCCUCCGCCUUCCUCUUCUUCAUCGAAACCGAGGCCACUAUCGGCUACGGCUAUCGCUACAUUACAGAGAAGUGCCCCGAGGGCAUCAUCCUCUUCCUGUUCCAGUCGCUGCUCGGCUCCAUCGUGGACGCCUUCCUCAUCGGCUGCAUGUUCAUCAAGAUGUCGCAGCCGAAGAAGCGCGCCGAGACGCUCAUGUUCAGCCAGGACGCCGUGAUCUCACAGCGGGACGGCAAACUGUGCCUCAUGUUCCGCGUGGGGAACCUCAGGAACAGCCACAUGGUGUCGGCUCAGAUCAGGUGCAAGCUCAUCAAGUCUCGUCAGACACCUGAGGGGGAGUUUCUGCCCUUGGACCAAAGAGAGCUGGACGUUGGGUUUGGAACGGGCGCUGACCAACUCUUCCUGGUCUCUCCUCUCACCAUCUGCCAUGAGAUUAAUCCCAAGAGCCCGUUCUUCGACCUCUCACAGCGCUCACUCAUGAGUGAGCAGUUUGAGAUUGUUGUUAUCCUUGAAGGGAUAGUGGAAACCACAGGUAUGACGUGCCAGGCUCGGACAUCUUACACAGAGGAUGAGGUGUUGUGGGGGCACCGCUUCCUUCCUGUCAUGUCUUUGGAGGAAGGUUUUUUCCGAGUGGACUAUUCGCAGUUCCACAGCACCUUUGAAGUGCCCACACCUCCCUACAGUGUAAAGGAACAGGAAGAAUCAUCUUGCCUGCCUUCUCCUGCACCCCCUCUCACCCCAACACCAGGAGAUCCACGAAGCCGCAGAGAGCGCAUCUUCUCCCUUGAUGGUGCCUCCCACACUGAAGGAACGGCUUCUAGAUUGCCCAGCAAGCUCCAGCGUAUGAGCUCCAGAAAUGGUAAAGAGGCCGGGAAAGCCAGCAGUACACAAGCAGCUGAAAAAUUAUCCAACACCGGCGACUCCCUGCGCUCGUCAGCUAGGCUGGAGGAGUCCAACAACCAGAUGAAGGCAGAGCCACACGUCCUGUCAGCAGGAGAGCUGGAGCAUCACAGACUGCCUCUAAUACCUACUCCAGUGCCAGGGUCCAACCUCAACCAGUUGCCAGUGGUUGGCGGCCGGCCCGAGGACAACCUGCCUGAGAAGCUACGCAGGAUGAAUGUGGACCGCUGAGCCCUGAGCCACAACUCAGACCCAGACUGGUGAAUAGAAAGGCUUUGGGAAGGCAAAGCUAAUUCUGAAACACAGAUUCAAUACAGACUUUAGCUGGACUAUACUGUGAUUCUUUUAAAUUAUUACA